UUUUACGGUUAGAAGAACAACAGAAAACUAGCAGCAGCUUAUUUAAUUGUUAGCGGUUAGCAGUGCUAGCGUGAAUCACACCACUUAAACUCAACAAGAUGACGUAAAAUGGCGGUGGCCCUACUAGUUUUAAACCGCUGGUGUUUUCCUGCUGACUUGCCCGAAAGCAGCCUAACGUUUGUUGUGUCAACUAGUAAAUAUACCAGAGUGGACCCAACAAACCGACUCCACGAACUAACGUCAGGACAAACGGCUAGUGGAAUAACAUUAGCUACAGAAGAAGACACGCUAACAGCAAAAACAGAGACAUAAACGAGAGUAACGGGGUUGCCGUUGCUUGCACAGGAAAUAUAAAGUUAGUAUUUUAUACAGUAACUACGACAUACCAAGCGCUCUCCGUUGCGAUGCGUUUCAGCUAGUUACAUGGCCGAAUGAUGACGCCAGACUCGCGACGAUAUCUUAGUGCACAGGAAAAAAACUACAAUUCCCAUGAGGUGGCUUGUGUAUAUCACAGAGCUCAUUGAAAUCCAAACGAAGCACGCUUGAAGUUGCUAAAAGCUCUUGUCGAUUUUAAAAACAAAUAACAUCGCAAGCCUGACUCUUCCACUACCGAGGAGUACUGUCUCAUGCUCUGGCAGCACUCUUCCCGUGAUGCUUUUCGCGCUCACGUAACAAAUCUGCGACGGCUCCGACGGUGGCGGUUUGUUUUGGUGGCUGAAUGGGAAUCUCUCCGCUACAUUUUCAAUUUCAGGCACUUUAAGUUUAAUUGACAUGAUUCACGAGCUCUUACUGGCGCUGAGCGGAUACCCGGGGACGAUUUUUACAUGGAACAAACGAACCGGUUUACAGGUGUCCCAGGACCUGCCCUUCCUUCACCCCAGUGAGACCAGUGUCCUCAACAGACUCUGUAAACUGGGCUCAGAUUAUAUACGCUUUACAGAGUUUAUAGAACAACACACGGGACAUGUUCAUCCACAAGAGCAUCACAGCAGCCAGCCCAGCCAGACCGGGCUUCAUGGGAUUUACCUGCGGGCUUUCUGCACGGGGCUGGACUCCAUGCUGCAGCCCUACAGGCAGGCCCUGCUGGACCUCGAACAGGAGUUCCUCGGAGAUCCACAUCUGACGAUAUCCCAUGUUAACUACAAGCUUGAUCAGUUCCAGUUGCUGUUUCCAUCUGUGAUGGUGGUGGUCGAGACGAUAAAGUCACAGAAGAUCCACGGCUGCCAGAUCCUGGAGACGGUGUACAAGCACAGCUGUGGGGGGCUACCUCCGGUACGCAUGGCCUUGGAAAAGAUUUUGGCCGUGUGCCACGGUGUGAUGUACAAGCAGCUGGCAGCUUGGAUGCUGCACGGACUGCUGCUGGACCAAAGCGAGGAGUUUUUUGUGAAGCAGGGUCCCAGUGCUGGAGGAGCUGCUGCCAACCAAGAGGAGGAAGAAGAAGACCUGGGACUCGGAGGCUUGAGCGGGAAGCAGCUCCGAGAAUUACAGGACCUGAGGCUCAUCGAGGAGGAGAACAUGCUGGCUCCAUCUCUGCAGCAGUUCUCCCUGCGCACAGAGAUGCUGCCUUCUUACAUCCCCAUCCGAGUGGCCGAGAAAAUCCUCUUUGUGGGAGAAUCUGUCCAGAUGUUUGAAAACCACAACCACAGCCCAUCCAGAGCUGGCUCUAUUCUGAAACACCAGGAAGACAUGUUUGCUGCUGAGCUGCAUCGACUCAAACAGCAGACGCUUUUCAGCCUGGUGGAUUUUGAGAAUUUGAUCGAUCGCAUAAGGAGCACAGUGGCAGAGCACCUCUGGACUCUAAUGGUGGAAGAGGCGGAUCUGCUUGAGCAGCUCAAGAUCAUUAAGGACUUCUACCUCCUGGGUCGCGGAGAGCUCUACCAGGUUUUUAUUGACCUGGCGCAGCACAUGCUGAAGACUCCUCCGACGGCUGUCACCGAGCACGAUGUAAACGUAGCCUUCCAGCAGGCAGCUCAUAAGGUGCUGCUGGACGAUGACAACCUCCUGCCUCUGCUGCACCUCACCGUGGACUACCAGGGCAAAGACGGCAAAGAUGCGUCACUCCCCAGAGAAGGAGCCACUCCUCCACAAGACACUUCCCCUCGCGAGGUUCCUCCCACAGGCUGGGCAGCCCUCGGUCUCACCUACAAGGUCCAGUGGCCGCUGCACAUCCUCUUCACUCCCGCUGUGCUGGAGAAGUACAAUGUUGUGUUCAGGUACCUGCUGAGCGUGAGGCGGGUGCAGUCACAGCUGCAGCACUGCUGGGCUCUGCAGAUGCAGAGGAAACACCUGAAGUCGAGCCAGACGGACGCUGUGAAGUGGAGGCUUCGCAACCACAUGGCCUUCUUGAUCGACAACUUGCAGUAUUAUUUGCAGGUGGAUGUGCUGGAGUCUCAGUUCUCUCAGCUGCUUCAGCAGAUCAACUCCACCAGAGACUUCGAGAGCAUCCGACUGGCCCACGAUCAUUUCCUCAGUAACCUGCUGGCCCAGUCCUUCAUCCUCCUGAAGCCGGUGUUUCACUGCCUCAACGAGAUCCUCGAGCUGUGCCAUAACUUCUGCUCGCUGGUCAGUCAGACUGUGGUUUCACUGGAUGACAGGGGAACCGCUCAGCUCGAUCUGCUAGUCAAGGGCUUCAGACGCCAGUCAUCCCUCCUGUUCAAAAUUCUGUCGAGCGUCAGGAACCAUCAGAUAAACUCUGAUCUGGCUCAGCUGUUGCUGCGACUGGACUACAACAAAUACUACACCCAAGCUGGAGGCACACUGGGCAGUGUUUAAGAAGAGCGCACAGGAAGUUAUUUAACCUGCAGAAGAGACUCCCAUCAGUGUUCCCCACCGGCUUCACCGAAUCUUUGAACAGCCAAAUUACAAUGAUCACUUUCACUGUAGUAAUACUGAACUGAGUGAGUUUGUUUUACAUGCAGAGAUGAUCAAACUGCUCUGAAGUUAACAUGAGAAGCAAGAAAAAUGAACGUCGCUCUUUUUGUAGAGCUCACUGCAUCAAAAAAGACAUUUACAUGUAAGAGAAAGUCUUAACUUGAGUGGAAGUAGUUCAGUGUGACCCAAACAACCAAAGGAAAAGUCAGUUUGUUCCCUUUGUCGAUGAGAUCGUGGAGAACAGUCUGAUCUUUGUUUGAUAAAACUGUAGAAUUGAUGUAAAAGAUGAGAUUGUGACAUCACCUGGUUUCUGGAUUUGAAAUGACCACAUACCAUAUGUAUCAUAUAUCUGAUCUCUGUAAAUGCGUGUAGCCAUGGCGACACUUUGCUAUGCAUCUAUUCUAAUUGACAGAUUAGCAUCCUACACUGGCAGCUGUCAAUCUGUAUGUUUAGCUUGGCCUAAAGCACAGACAUGGAUUCAAUGUGCAGCCUGUCAUCGAACUACGCUGGAUCAUGGAGGCAGAGCUCACAGAAGCACUGCUGGAUGUAACGUGGGCGAAUCCUCCCUUUGACUCUUGUAUAAACUGUAAAUAUUAACGGCUUGUUGCGUGUACCAUUUUGUGUGGAGAAAAUAAACAUCAAUGCAUUAAAAUGAAA